AUUUGAUGAAUCAUAUAACACUAAAGGUAAAGACGGUGAACAAUUUGAAAGACCCCUAAUUUUGAAAUAUGGAAUGGUUAAGAAAUGUUUUCCGGGAUUUAAAAGACUGGAAAGAUCGAAAAUUACCAGAACAGACAUCGGAAGAUACUAAAGGAACAUUACCAGAACAGACAUCGGAAGAUACUAAAGGAAAAUUACCAGAACAGACAUCGGAAGAUACUAAAGGUUUAUAUUUCUGUCAAAGAGACGAAGAAGACAAACAAUUUGAAAACUUUUGUACUCUUUAUCUUCCGAAAUGUCGAGUACAGAAACUAAAAAAAGGGCAAACAAUUCCUGGUCCAUUAUUCUUGGUGCUGAACAUACCACCGGUUAACAGACAAGACAACGUUAACGUUCUUUCUAAAUCUAUUGAUGAUAUCUACAGACUUUUUAAUAUUGAAGAAUAUUCAGAGGUUAUUCUCGUUCAAAUUUCCUUCGAUGGAAAUUUCAGCAGUAAUCCACCGAACAUGAUGGACGAUGUUCUUUUUGAAAAACUAGAAAUUGCAGUAGCAAGGAAGUUUAAUUCGUACAUCAAUAUUGUUUACGCAGACGGGUAUGACUAUACAAACAGUCCUUUUAAUAUGGAAUCAGCUGAAAGGUUGAACAAUAUGUGUAUAAACAAUUCUUAAAAAAAAUUAAACAAUUGUUCUUGUCUUAUUGUAUAAUUUUGCUUUGCUAACUUAAGCCAAAUGCCAAGGUGAGCUUUUCUCAUCAAAACUUGUUCGCUGUCUGUCGUCGUUGUUGUCGUUAAAUAAAAAAAAUCUUGAAAAACAGAAUAUAUUCUACUAAAGAUAUUUUGAUUUUCAUACUCUAAAACUGGUUUUUUAAAGAUCAUACAUGUAGUUAUUGUUGCCCUGGUGAGCGAUGUGGCCCUUUGGCAACCUAUUUAUUUCUUGUUUUCUGAAAUAAAAUGAUUUAAUGAAA